UGCUACAAACUUAUUUAAGAAUCUUCCAAUUAGCUCAUUGUCAUGCUGCAUCUGUUUUUCUUCUUUUUUUUUUUACACAGAAGAGUAUUUAUCUAUUCCCUCAACUUGCAGAAACUGAAUCAGGAAUCUUCAGACAGAUUUUACAAGGAAAACUAGACUUUGAAUCUGACCCAUGGCCAAGUAUAUCCGAAAGUGCGAAAGAUUUGAUCAGGAAGAUGCUUGAGAGGGACCCCAAGAAAAGACUUACUGCUCAUGAAGUGUUAUGUCACCCAUGGAUUGUGGAUGAUAGAGUUGCACCAGACAAACCUCUGGAUUCUGCUGUAUUGUCACGCCUGAAGCAGUUCUCAGCAAUGAAUAAACUUAAAAAGAUGGCAUUGCGUGUCAUAGCUGAAAGACUUUCAGAAGAAGAAAUUGGUGGUUUAAAAGAACUGUUUAAAAUGAUUGAUACAGAUGGUAGCGGGACAAUAACAUUUGAGGAACUUAAAGCUGGUUUGAAAAGAGUGGGCUCUGAACUGAUGGAAUCAGAUAUCAAGACCCUAAUGGAAGCAGCUGAUAUAGAUAACAAUGGGACAAUAGACUAUGGUGAAUUUCUUGCUGCUACUUUGCACUUGAAUAAGAUGGAGAGAGAGGAGAAUUUAAUUGCGGCCUUCUCCUUUUUUGACAAAGAUGGUAGUGGUUACAUCACCGUAGAUGAGCUUCAACAGGCUUGCAAAGAGUUUGGCCUAGGUGAUGUUCGUUUGGAUGACAUGAUCAAAGAGAUUGAUCAAGACAAUGUAAGUCUAUUGAAUGUCAAGGUUCUCAUGUUAAGUAAUUUAAACUUUUCUGUUUGGUGCAAUUUUAUAUUCAUAAUCAUUACCGUAUCAUCUGCAUCAUCAUACUUCUCCUUAUCUUUUUGCUUGCGGUCCUGUAAGUGUAAUAGUUUAUAAUUAGAUGUCUAUAAAGUGUGGCAUCUAAAUUGAAACUACAGGACUUUGCAUAAGUAGGCAAAAGAACUCAAACUGAAUAACUAGAAGGCUCAGAUCAGACUACAAUGAAAUGAAGAGAGAAAAGGAGUAAAUGGAACGGAGAUUUUGCUUCUUUUCACAAAAGAAGCAUCAACAAACCAAAAAUUUCCCUAUCUUCAUAAAAUUGUCUAGUUUUAAGUUGCAAAGCAGCUUUCUACCGGAACAAGCAACUCUACAGAGUAUAGUUUUUUUGUGGCCAAAAUUAUUUUGGAAUUUCAUCUAAACUCCUCUUAGAACCACUCAUGUCAGCCUUGUCCCUCUCCUCAUACCUGGUAUUUCUCUAUGAAAGAGCAGAAAGAAACUGAGCACUGAAUCCUCUUCCCAAUCAUUGUCAUCCAAACCUUAUAUCCGAAAGUCUUUUACCAUUGAGCCUCGAGCAUUUUGCCAACCAAGAAUGUGUCUUCCUAGCUAGGUUGUAAAGAACUGAAAAUUAAUUCCUUGAAGCUUGAUUGGCGCACCAAAUAUCUUUCCCAAAUAAGGUGAAGGGUAUUUUCGAAAAAUGUGUAGGCUAAGGAUGUUCUUUGGGACAUCUAUCUUUGGCAAGACGGAAUUCUUUUAAUGGUAAUCUGGGCUUAUGAUUCAGUGUUGCUUGUUACAUUACAUGAUGGCGCUCUCUAUCUUCCUCUCUCUCUCUCUCUCUCUCUCUCUCUCUCUCUCUCUCUCCCUCUCUCU